CGGAUUGAGUCAAGUCAGCCUAUCGAGAGGUUGUGUUGACCUACCGCAGCAGGUUUUCAGCAAAAAACCUGAACAAAUCUAACUUCUUCGGGCAACUGACAGUAACGCCAAGUCCUUAAUUUUUAACGGAAGGGUGAGCGGAGCGGGAGAUAAGGGAACGCGACCCAGAGAAGAGAGUAAAUCCGGGAGCCUCGUGCUUCGCAAUGAUGAAACAACAGCAGCAACUCAGCGCCGGCGGGAGAAAAGCAUCUAACGGAACCUCGGGCCCCGCGGGUAUGUCAUCCCCAGUCAGCGGCACCAACAGCGGCAACAGGACACCGGCAGGAAGGAAUCGGAAUUCUGCAAAGCCAUCAUUCCAGUCCUCUCCAGUGUUCGAGGGUGUGUACAACAAUGCCAGAAUGCUUCAUUUUCUUACAGCUGUCGUGGGUUCAACCUGUGACAUACGAGUGAAGAAUGGAAGUGUAUUUGAAGGCAUAUUCAAGACUCUAAGUUCUAGGUGUGAAUUGGCUGUGGAUGCUGUACACAAAUGCAGUGGAGAGGAGGGAUCGCCAUCAGUUCCACCACGGAGGGAAGAGAUCACAGACACCAUGAUCUUCAGUCCUUCUGACUUGGUUACAAUGAUCUGCAGAGAUGUUGACCUAAACUAUGCCACUAAAGAUACCUUCACAGACACAGCCAUCACCUCUAGCCGUGUCAAUGGAGAACACAAGGAAAAGGUGCUGCAGAGAUGGGAAGGAGGAGACAGCAAUGGAGAGAGUUAUGAUCUGGAUAAUGAUACAUCUAACGGCUGGGAUGCCAAUGAGAUGUUCCGGUACAAUGAAGUCAAAUAUGGAGUCACGUCAACAUAUGAUUCGAGCCUCUCUAUGUACACCGUACCACUUGAAAGAGGCAACUCUGAUGUCUAUCGGCAGAGGGAGGCACGUGCUGCGAGGCUGGCAAGUGAGAUCGAGUCCAGUCCCCAGUAUCGCCAUCGGGCCAACCUGGAAAAUGAUGAGGGUAAAACCGAAGAGGAUAAGUUUAGUGCUGUGGUGCGGGAAGGAGGUGAUCGGGAGAAGGGUCGUGAAAGCCCCCGUGAAUGGGGCCGAGACAGCCCUGGAGCCAGCAGUAGUGUGAUCAAGUACAUUCCAUUACCACAGCGCCAGAGAGAGAUGAACCGUGAGCGAGAGCGAGCGGAGAGGGGUCCCGGUGGGCCUUCUCCUCACGGUCGUCUGAGCGGAGGUUACCGCCCCACCCCUCCAUCCUCCUCCUCCCCAAGACCACCGUUGCCGUCUGCUUCUGCAAACCAGCCUAGUGUCUCCCCCUCAGAGAGAAGCAGCCCUCUCUCAGGUCGAGGAGGAGCUUUUGCUUCCCACCACCCACAAGGAAGCGCCAGCCCGAGCCCCGGUUCUGGCCCAGCAAGUCCUGGCGGGCCAGCACCCAUGGCUGCCUCUGCUUCUGCUGCUCCUUCCCCAUCGAGCCCCCCUGCCCCACAUGGACACACAGUACCUCAUUCCCACUCACUCCCCCAUUCGCUGUCUGAAUCUGGCAGGCCUGUUAAUGGCAUCGCGGCUAGAACAUCUCCUAAAGCCCAAAGACCUCCACAGUCAAGCAGGACAAUCCGCACUCCAAACUCACACUCUCAGUCCACAGCCGCUCGAUCUCCUAAAUCAGGUCUUUCACAAGACACGCCUUAUUUGGACACAUCAUCUGUCUCGCUGCCUGCCCAGAAGACGUCUGGCCCUGCCCCUCUCUUCCCUGUAGAUGUGAAUGAGAUUCUUGGGGCUGCUGCAAAAGAACGCUCGGUCGAGAGCCCCAGCACAGAGGAAAGCAAAAGUAGUAAAGCUUCCUCAGUUCAGCAAAGGUCGCAGAUUGAGGAGCUCCGGAAGUUUGGCAAAGAAUUCAGGCUCCAGCCAAGUGGAACAAGUUCUAGCUCUCCCAGCUCUCCAGCUGCAGCCACCCCUCCUGCCGUCAGCGAGGUCGCCCAGCCCAGCACAGUGAAACCAUCACCAUCAUCAGACCCUCACUCUGCUACAGAGCCCAAAUCUCAGCCUCCAGCUCUCGCUCCCGCUCAGCCUUUGCCAGCAGCUACAGAGGAGAUCACAAAGGACACCGCAGCUACACUCUGCGCCACCACAGCACCAGCUGCAGCGUCUGUGUCAGACAGGCAGUCACCCGCUGCCCCGCAGCCGGCCAGAACACCUGGAAGUGAGGAGGUCAGGCCUGAUACUGCAGAGCAGGCCGAGGGCGUAACUGACCAAGUUAAGAAGUCGACUUUGAACCCCAAUGCUAAGGAGUUCAACCCAAUCAAACCUCAGAUGCCUAUGACAAAGCCCAAUACUGCGCCCACCCCACCUCGGCCAACUCCUCCAAGCCCAGUGGUCCUCCCACAUCCAGGCAGCCAGGGACCACUCUACAGCGCUCCCUUCCUUUCCUAUGUAUCGCAAAUCCACACUGUGCAGCCCCCACAAAUGUACCACUACUCAGUGUCUGCAGUGAACCAGGGAAAAUAUCCUAGGACCAAAGGCUCGGUUGUGGCUCAACGAUCCGAUCAUGGUGCAGCACCUCCCAUGCUGCAAACUGCAGCCUCAGCAGCUGGGGCCCCUCUAGUAGCUUCCCCCUACCCACAGUCUUACCUUCAGUACAACCCUCAGCAGUACAGCCAGCAGCAGGUCAUCCAGGCCAUGACGCCUUAUCCUGGGCAGCCAAUGUAUUCAAUGCUGCAAGGUGGAGCACGGAUGAUCGGUCAAGGCGGUGGCCCCCAUCCACAAGCCCUUGGACCUCCAGGAGGUCCCCAGUUUCCUACACAAGGAGACGGGCCUCAAGGACCACAGCAGGGCAUCUAUGGUCCUCAGUCUUUCUCCCACCACUCGGGUGCAGUGCAUCAGCCACAGCCUUCCAGUACUCCAACGGGCAACCAGCCUCCACCCCAGCACGCUGCACCUAGCCCUGGACAGUCUCAGUCCGGCCCACAACCCCAGUCCCUGUACCAUUCAGGUCCCUUGUCGGCACCCACUCCACCCAACAUGCCACCAGGCCACACAUCUCCACAAGGUUCAUACCCCAUCCAGGGCUACAGCAUUCACAGCCACCAGGGUAUGCCACCCACAUACCCCCUGGGGCAGAUAGCACAGGCCCACGUACAAGGAGCUAUGUCAGGUCCCCACCACUCAGGGAGCCAUGGUCAGCCACAGUUACUAAUGUUGCAGCCACCACCUCAGCAGGGCCCUGGCUCAGUGCCCCAGCACCCACAGCAUGGACCUCAGCAGGGAGCACACCAGCAUUUCUACAUAUCUCCACAAGCGAUGUCGGUACAGCCACACCCUGCUCCUUUCCAUCCAUCUGGAAACUAAACCCCUCCAGCCUGCACCCUCUAAAACUGUUCCAGGAAUGAGCCCAACAUCCCCACAGCUAUUGGACGCGCGACCCAGACUGAACGGAGAGGACUAAAUCUCUCAUAGCACCUUAUUCUUCUGCUGUAAUGUUCUUCAUCAGUACAAAACUGGGUGUCGGUGCUGGAACGAGAAGAACCUUUUUUUUAUAACGCCAACAAUGAAGGUGGAAGAUGGCAGCAGCAGCAUCCAACCCUUGCUGCCACCCUGCUCUCCUCUGCAACUUCUUCCCUUUUGAAAGACAUGGGGCACCGUGCUGGGCAGGACAGUCGGAGAGGGACAUAACCAUAGAUGAAAAACAACAGCGGACGCUUCCUUUCAACAAUGUGUUUUUAGCCUUGUGGGGUUUUCUAAACACUAUGACGUACAUGGAAAUACAAACAGUUGCAGGAUUCUGUGGAACACAGCAUGAACGGAGGGACUUGAAGAGGAGAGGGGUUUUUAAGCAGACAAUUUUUUUUUAACUCAUUCUAGUAGUUAAAACCACCCUUUGCCUUUCUUCUCUCCUGUAGAAAAAUAAUUAAUAAAGGACAAGACAAAAAAAAAUUUAAAACCACAAUGACCAAAAAAUAAAGUUUUCAACUCAACUACUGAA